UGUUUGUGAAUAUAGAUGACCGGUGCACGAUAUUUCACGGUUAGCAAAAUUCGCCUUUUCAUUGAGUUUUGGUCGGAACGUCAAUCGAGUGAAGUGUUGUGAAAAGUGCAGAAAAGUGUACAAAUUUUCCAAGGAAAUUUUUGCAACGCAGUCGAAAAGUUGUGCGCUCGCUCUGUUGUGCAUCAAAAGUUUCAGUUUUGUUUAAACGUAAUCAAAACCAUUGGAAAAUCAAACGCUAUGGCGUCCUAUCAAAUAGCAAAUCUGCUGGAGAAGAUGACCUCCAAUGACAAGGAUUUUCGUUUUAUGGCCACGAACGAUUUGAUGACGGAGCUUCAAAAAGAUAGUAUCAAACUAGAUGAUGAGUCAGAGAAGAAGGUCGUCCGUAUGGUUCUUCGCUUGCUUGAAGACAAAAAUGGCGAAGUACAGAAUUUGGCGGUUAAAUGUCUCGGUCCUCUGGUUAACAAAGUAAAAGAGAAUCAGGUAGAGACGAUUGUGGAUUCGCUCUGUGCAAACAUGGUCUCUAACAAUGAGCAACUCCGUGAUAUCUCGAGCAUUGGUCUCAAAACAGUUAUUUCUGAGUUGCCGCAAUCAUCGAAUUCGCUGGUUCCGAACGUAUGCCAACGAAUAACGGGCAAGCUUAGUAAUGCUAUCGAGAAGGAAGAUGUAUCGGUUCAGUUAGAAGCAUUGGAUAUUUUGUCGGAUUUGUUGUCUCGUUUCGGUGACUUACUAGUCCCGUUUCAUGAGUUAAUUUUAAAGGCAUUGGUUCCACAGUUAGGAUCUGCCCGCCAAGCAGUUCGCAAGCGAACGAUCGUGGCUCUAUCUCAUUUACUAACUACUUGUAAUAAUAAUGCCUACAACAAGGUGAUUGAGCAUUUGCUGGAUGGUUUGGAAAAACCACAAAAUGAGGGAAUGGUGCGUACUUACAUCCAGUGUCUGGCUGCUAUUUGUCGACAAGCAGGUCAUCGUCUCUGCAACCAUAUCGAACGUGUGAUGUUCUUGUUGAAUCAGUACAGCCACCGAGAUGACGACGAACUUCGCGAGUUUUGCUUGCAAGCCUGUGAAGCCUUUGUUCAGCGCUGCCCGGAGGCUAUCUUACCACACAUUCCUGCGAUUGUGGAAUUGUGUUUGAAGUACAUUACUUACGAUCCAAACUAUAACUACGAAGCAGAUGACGGUGAUGGAGGUGUGGCCAUGGAUAUGGAGGAUGACGAAGAUAUUGACAGUGAAGAGUAUAGUGAUGAUGAUGACAUGAGUUGGAAGGUUCGCCGGUCAGCGGCCAAAUGUUUGGAGUCGGUUAUUUCUACAAGACACGAAUUGCUUGAGGACUUCUACAAAACAUUGUCGCCAGCUUUGAUUUCUCGUUUCAAAGAACGCGAGGAAAACGUAAAAUCAGAUAUUUUCCAUGCGUAUAUCGCAUUGUUGAAAUCCACUCGUCCCAUCGGAGAUGAUAUUGCUCAUGAUCCGGAUUCAAUGGAACAAGUUCCAAGCUCGAUAAGCAUGCUGCAAGACCAAGUGCCAAUGAUCGUUAAAGCGGUGCAGCCCUUGAUGCGUGAGAAAUCCGUUAAAACUCGUCAAGAUUGCUUUUUGCUCCUUCGUGAGCUUUUGAAUGCUCUCCCAGGAGCUUUAUCCAAUCAUAUCGAUCAAUUGAUGAGUGGCAUUCAUUACUCAUUGAAUGACAAAAAUUCUACAUCAAAUAUGAAGAUUGAUGCGUUGGGCUUCGUACAUUGUAUGUUGGCAGGUCAUAACCCGCAGGUUUUCCAUCCUCAUAUAAAGACUUUGGUGCCACUGAUAGAGGCUGCUGUUUUUGAUGCAUUCUAUAAAAUCGCAACUGAAGCUCUCAUGGUUCUGCAGCAGCUGGUGAAAGUCAUUCGCCCACUGAAUAUACAAACUGAUUUCGAUUUUACACCUUACCUCCAGCCUCUUUAUUCGAGUACUUUGCAAAGGUUGCGGUCUCCCGAAGUGGAUCAGGAAGUCAAGGAACGUGCUAUUGCAUGCAUGGGUCAAAUAAUUGCCAAUAUGGGGGACAUGCUUCAACAGGAUCUAAAUACUUGUUUGCCGCUGUUUAUGGAACGUUUACGUAACGAAGUUACACGACUCAGCUCAGUCAAGGCUCUUACUAUGAUUGCUGCUUCUCCGUUGCGAGUUAAUUUGAGCCCAAUAAUUGCUGAAGUGAUCCCUGUACUAGGAUCAUUUCUCCGAAAAAAUCAGCGAGCUCUUAAGCUCAACUCGCUUACUUUACUUGACACUUUGGUCACUCAUUAUAAUCAGUUUAUCGACCCCACACUUCUACGAAAUGCUGUUUCAGAGGUUCCACCCUUACUCUGUGAAUCGGAUCUUCAUGUGGCUCAACUUUCGCUGGUUUUGUUGACUUCUGUUGCUCGACAGCAACCACACGCAUUGAUCGGUGUACACGAACAAAUUUUGCCAGAAGUUAUGAUCUUGGUUAGAUCGCCGUUGCUGCAAGGAACCGCGCUAAACUGCACACUGAACCUGUUUCAAGCGCUGGUACAAGCCAACUUACCAGGACUCAGCUAUCGCCAUCUACUAAACAUGUUAAUGCAACCGGUGUAUAGUCAACAACAGGGACAAACUCUACACAAGCAGGCUUAUCAUUCAUUAGCCAAAUGUAUCGCUGCAUUGACAUUACAAGUAUCAGCAGAAGCUGUCACAGUAGCUCGGGAAUUUCUUCGGGAGAUACAAAAUCGCCGUAGCGACGCUCACCUAGUGUUUUAUUUAUUGACCAUUGGCGAAAUCGGAAGGCACUUUAAUCUAAAUUCCAUCGAUUCCCUCGCACAGAUCAUCUUAAACUGUUUCUCGGCCUCUUCCGAAGACGUUAAAGGAGCCGCCUCACAUGCACUUGGAGCAAUAGCUGUUGGCAAUCUUAACCACUAUUUACCAUUUAUUCUCAAUGAAAUCGAAGCUCAGCCAAAAAGGCAAUAUCUACUGCUUCAUUCUCUGAAAGAGGUUAUUUCCUCACUUUCAACUAGCAAACAAGGACUGGAACAAUUGCUUCCAUCUGUUCCAUCGAUCUGGGCUCAAUUGUUCAAACACUGUGAAUGUUCCGAGGAAGGGUCUCGUAAUGUCGUUGCUGAAUGUUUGGGUAAACUGGUUCUGGUUAAUCCUGAGGAAUUACUUCCGCAGCUACAACUAGCGUUACGCAGCGAAAGUCAUUUGAUGCGUACAGCUGUCGUCUCAGCUAUCAAGUUUACAAUUUCUGAUCAACCACAAUCGAUAGAUCCCCUGCUGCGACAAUGUAUUGGUCAAUUCCUUUUCGCGCUGCAGGAUCCCGAGCCAGCGGUACGCCGAGUUGCACUAGUUGCAUUCAAUUCCGCAGUUCACAAUAAGCCUAGCUUGGUACGGGAGCUGCUGCCGGAAUUACUACCCCAAUUGUACUCGGAGACAAAGGUAAAGAAAGAUCUCAUUCGGGAGGUCGAGAUGGGUCCGUUCAAGCACACCGUUGAUGAUGGGUUGGAUAUUCGAAAAGCCGCUUUUGAAUGUAUGUACACACUGCUGGAACAGGGACUUGAUCGGGUGGACAUCAUGCAAUUUUUAGAACAUGUUCAGGCUGGAUUGAAAGACCAUUACGAUAUUAAAAUGUUGACUUACUUGAUGACGGCUCGACUAGCUGUUCUUUGUCCUUCUGCUGUGUUACAAAAGCUCGAUCAAUUCGUUGACCCUCUGCGGGCUACGUGUACCCUAAAGGUCAAAGCUAAUUCUGUAAAACAAGAGUAUGAGAAACAAGAUGAACUAAAACGAUCUGCUCUACGCGCUGUGGCGGCACUAUUACAGAUUCCCAAAGCUGAUAAAAAUCAGCAUUUGGCAGAAUUUUUGUCACUGAUUCGUAGUUCCUCUGAGCUGCAACCAUUGUUCGAAUCAGUUCAAAAGGAUUCUUCAGUUUUAACUAACAAUAACGCAGAUAAUCUCUCGAUGGACCAGAGCUAGGUGGAACGCGGAUUUGGUAUCGUCGUUUCGAAUUAUUUGUUUAAAAAACGUAAAGUAUGGUAAAAACGCUGCUCAUUGAGAAUAAUUUUGGUUUGAUCAAAUGCAUGGAUUUCCUGAUUUCCUCUUCCUAAAUAUAUAAAAACGAGAAGAAGGUGUGAGGUGUUUGAGCUAUACUUGAUCACUCGAUUCAUGUAUUCAAAAUAUACUUUUUAGACGGUGUAGAAUCCCAGACUUUUAGAAAACGAAGAUGUUAACAUACAUUUAUUGAUUGCAUUUAAUCCGGUUGACAUUUCUGUUGUGCGUUAUCUACGAAGAAUCGAAUAGGAUUGAUUAUACAAUUUGAAACAUUGAUAUUAAUCAUGCCAAGCUCUAUCACACAGAUUAAUACGUAGAAUAAGGGGUCGCUAGUGCACGGUCACAAAACUCUGAAAAUGCAUACGCGUUGUAAAAUAAUUUUCAUCCCUUAUUUUCUAAAUUUAGUGUUCAAUUGGAGACAUACAAAACGAUGAGAGAUUACUGUUUAAAGUAACCAGUAAAUAAACACGGAUUAUUAGUAA